GACUAGUAAUUGAGUGGGUGUGCAGGUGAGAGUUUCCACUUAAUAGGUUGCCUCUCCUGUGCUGUCACUAGGAAGAACAGAGGGUAGUGACACUGGGAGAAAAGGAGAGCGGCGAGACAGAGAGAGAGAGGCUCUACACAUCAUCCGCAGCUGAUACAGACAGUUUCAUCCUCAGACUGUUGCUCAACACUACACACGGACUGGACUAAGGGCUCCUACUCCCUCCAGAAGACUAUGGCCUCAACUGCUUUUUUUAAAGGCACAGGCCUCCUGCUCUUCUUACUACUGGGACUGCAGCCAUCGUCAUUUAUUUCAGGACAAAACAUCACCUCAAGUUCCAAUUCAACGCCCGAUGCUGCAUCAACUGUGAUGUCACCUGGCAUGAGUACUGACUCUGCAGCAACUAUCGUGACAGCUACCACAGCUCAAACUACAAUGUCGCCUGCCAUUUCUUCUACGAAUGCUACAAUGUCGUCUGCCAUUUCUUCUACGAAUGCUACAAUGUCGUCUGCCAUUUCUUCUAUGAAUGCUACAAUGUCGUCUGCAGGGUUGGGUAGUGGAACCACAAGCACGGACAAUGCCACUUCAUGGGGCACCAGUGGCAUGACCAUGAUAUCCUGUCGCCAGUUCUCCUGUAACUACUCAGACUGCAACGAUGUGUACAUGAAUAUGACUUCUGUUUCAUGCAACGCUAAUAUCACCUUCUGUGAGCUGAAGAGACAGGAAGACAUGACUUACACCGGUGGCUGCAGUUCCUCCUGCAGUAAUGCCUGUGACAAUGACACUCAGACCAACUGUUCGAUGGGAUGCUGCAACUCCACUGGCUGUCUUAGCUCUACCCUGGCCUCCAUUGUUCGUACAAACACUACAACAGUGAUGAUGACCACCACCACCACAACAACAACAGCAGCAGCAGCCACCACCACUACAACUGCUGAACCAACCAAUAAACUUAAGAAGUGUCAGAUGUUUCAGUGCACAGAGCAGAACUGUUACAAGACUUGGAUAACCAAAGACCCAAUGCCUUGUCCCCUCAACCAGCCCUACUGUGAGCUGAAAAAGAUGACAACUGGUUCAACAACGACCUGGAUGGGAGGCUGCAAUGCCAACUGCACAAAAAACACCUGGUGUACGACCACAACAGAUACAUGCCACCAAGAGUGCUGCAACACCUCCAUGACCUCCUGCCUCAAGCUGGAUGGUACUCUGAACGUUCCUUCUUCUGCCGCUAGGGGUCCGCACUUCCCUUUAGCAUUGGUCACUGCUGCUCUGCUGGUUUGUCUGCUCAGCAUUGGUUCUCUGGUUUAAACUGGGUCGUGUUCAGUAGGUACCAAGCGGAAAAAAAUGUAUUGAAAGAGGGAGGAAAUUCUUUGACUUGUCCGUUGCAAAAUGGUUUAAAACGUUGCCUGUUGUGUGACUUAAUGAACACAACCCUGAUGUGUCGACCUACUUGAAUAACAUACAGCGGUAGUAGUAGCACAGCAAAACCUGGUUUCUAUUCCACAUGAAUAGUAUACUGGUUGUAGGUCUAGCCUACUCUGUUUUUGUUUGUUUGUUUGCUUGUAUAUGAGAUAUAUUGAGAAACUGUAUAUGAGGGCUCAUAUGUGCUUUUGAGAAAUGUAGGCAAUUUAAGUGAUAAUGAUUCCCCUAUGUGAGUCCAAACCAAAUGGUUUUAAAGGGUAUUAUUGAAGAAUAUGAUGAUUAAUAUGGCUACAGAAAGCUACUCGACCAUACCAUCAACUAAUUUAUAAAUCAGUAAUGUGUAUAACAUAAUCCACAGAAGAGGAUAGCUUAUUUAUGAUCAUAGAUGACUGACAUAAUGUAUGGUAGG